AUGGAGUUAGCGUACGAUAUACCUUCGUCAUGCUCAGGAGUCGUGACCAAUAGGUGCGACCUCAAGGUUGCCAAUCAUGUAUUGGAGAAGCUAGAUGAUGCACAUAAAGCUCUAUUUGUGCAAUCAUGCUUCCGGCCACUAGUGCACAUUCCCAAUUUGAAAUUGGCGUCUCAAAUAAUCCACCACCUUCUUCAAAGGACUUUGAAAUCAUCCGAGAACGAAAAAGACGCUGUCUGGGAAGCGAGGGAAGCUCAAGAGUUGCUCAAGAAAUUUGAUGAUUUGGUUUGGGCAUUUGAGGCACUGCCUGAGCUUGGAAGAAAAUUUGCUGAAACUUGUGGUGUCGGUGGCAGUCAUCCGAGAAUUUUGUCUUGGAAAAUGACAAAACAGUGGCGAAGCGAGCAACUUAGUACGUUUUUCAACACGUCGGAGGUUAAAGUUCGACGAACAUUACAACCUUCAAGGGAUGAAGUUCAAAGUUCAUACUUGAAGGAAUUCCGUAUUGUCCCUGAAGAUGAGGAAGAAGAAGAAGAAGAAGGAGAAGAAGAAGAAGAAGAAAAUGAGGAUGAGGAUGAUGAGGAAGAGGAGGAAGAGGAAGAGGAAGAGGAAGAGGAAAAAAAUGAUGCAUCUCAGUCUGAUCCACCACAACAGCAAGUUUUUGGUGCUGAAGAGAUUUCAGCUAUAGUCAAGGAGGUUGUGAAGGAUGAGAUGAGAUUAUUUUCUGAGCAAAUGGAAAUGAAGAUGGACAAGUUUUCUGAGCGAAUGGAUGUGAAGAUGGACAAGUUUUUAGAGCGAAUAAAAGAUUUAGUUUUUCAAUCAAAAGAUAGUCCAUCUACCCGUGCUACUUAUGACGGGACAAAUGUUGAUACGGAGACCGCUCGAACAGUAGAUGGUGUUGAAGACACGAUCAAUUCACCAUCUCCCAUGCCCGAGAAAGAAAAGGUGGGAGUUCAUGAUGACGUGGGCUUAGAGAUGAGGGCAAAAGAUAAAGUUGUCUUGGUCGAAGACAAAUUUUCUGAGGAGGCUGUCUCAGCAAAGAAGAAUGAACAUGGAUUGGAUACCAGUGUUGUGACCGACCCGUCAUCAACGAUGUUCCAAGAACGACAUUUGGAGAUCGAGGAAACCGAUGAAGAUGAUGCACUCGAGUCUCCUAAGGGAAGAGGCCACCGGAAGAAAAGAAAGGCCGUCAUCCUACUUACUCCGUGGAGGAAUCCCGGAAAAAGACAAAAAAUUUUAAAUGUGACGGAGUACGACCCUCAUAGGACAUUGGAUGAAGCUAAACUUGAGGAUUUAAGGCAGUGGUUGGCGAACUUCCCAGAAAGUGAUGAAAUUGACGUAGCUUGGGGUAAGGGUAGCGCAGGGAAAAAAAUUUUUAAUGACUUUUUGGACGAUAAAUGGCUUUGUAGUGAGCAUGUAGAUGCAGCUCUUUUUCACAUGAGAGGUCGGGCUAUAGAGUACCCUCUCUUGUUUAGACAAGAUUGUGUCAUGUUGGACCCGCAUUUUGUGUCUUAUAUAAGAAUGUUCUUUAAAGACGCGUCAAAAGUUGAAAGCUUUGAUAGGACAAAUUUUCCAAAGGCAUUAGUUAAGUACGCCGAAGGGAAACUACCCACUCAUGCAAGGCCGUGGACUAGUUGUACCAAAUUGUAUGUUCCUUUUUGUAAUGUGAAUAAUGAACAUUGGGUAGCACUCGACAUUGAUCUCUCCAAAAGAUGCAUUGAUGCAUAUGAUAGUUCAACGAGUGUCAUGCGGAAGCGACAAUUUGAAACGGAAUUGGAGCCCAUUCGAGUUGUCAUACCUAUGCUAAUGAGGAUGUUGAAUGCUACCUACAGUGCAGAAAAAUUUGAUUUGAAACGAUUACCAUGUCCUAGCCAAGCAAAUGGGUUUGACUGUGGGAUGUUUACAAUCAAGUUCAUCGAGUUUUUGCAUGCUGGGAAGGAUGUUAAAGGCGUAGAGCAAAAAAUGAUUCCCUCUUGGCGUAUCAAACUAGCAGCUGAAAUUUUUGCACAGCAUUUUGAUCCUUAA